AUGGAUCAAGAGCUCAUCCGGCUUCUCUCCGAUACCCAGAGCGCCGCGGCGGAGACUCGAAAGGCCGCGGAGGUUCGCCUGCAGAGCCUCUACUCGAACGAAAGCUUCCCCCUAUCCCUCGCCUCGAUAGCAUCUCAUAGCUCGGUUCCUGUUCCCCUGCGCCAAUCCGCCCUUGUCCUCCUUCGUACGUUCAUCAAUUCAGCAUGGUCCUCACAGCUCGACGAUUUCAAGGGCCAGGUCCUGGUCAGCGACGCGAAUAAGGCACAUCUCAGGCGCGUUCUGCUUGAUCUAGCUACAUCUCCGGAGCAGGAUGACCGCAAGGUCAAGAACUCAGCCAGCUUGGUCGUCAGCCGUAUUGCCAGCGCCGACUUCCCAGAGGACUGGCCCGAGAUUCUUCCCACCUUGCUACAGAUCAUUCCCAACAGCACAGAUGCACAACUCCACGGUGCCUUGAAGGUCCUGUCUGACCUCGUGGAGACUGGAUUCAAUGAAGAGCAGUUCUUCAAGGUGGCUAGAGAGCUUGUGUCGACCGUGUUCAACGUUGCGACCAACGCCUCGCGCAAACCGGUGUUGCGGGCACUCGCUGUGUCCACUUUUAGAGCCUGUCUUGAUACUUUGGAGAUGGUCCUUGAGCAACAUAAGAACGAGGUUAAACAGUUUAUGGACGAGGCCCUGAACGGAUGGCUUCCAUUCUUUAUUGCUACCAUCAAGGAACCCCUCCCUCCUAUGCCCUCGGAGGAAGAGGAGGCCACAGAUGCCCCUGGCCCACAGCAAUGGCGUGGUGUUAUUGCCUUGAAAUCACAGGUUGUUAAGACCAUUAUGAAAGUUCGAUCCGUGUUGCCAUCCCUCCUCACAACUCAAAGCACCACUCUCUUCCAUACUAUCUGGACUGAGUUGACUACGAUUCAAGACGCAUACCAACAGCUCUAUAUUCAAGAUGAGAGGCAGGGUCGCCUCGAAGAUGCAGAUAAUCUUCCAUACACACUUGACUUCUUGGUUCUUGAAGAGUUGGACCUUAUGCAGGCUUUGCUCCGCGCGCCCCCAGUAAGAAUCGAGCUGGAGAACCAAUUGAAGCUAGCUGGAGCUACCUCGUCUACAAGUUGGCUUCCUGAGAUGAUGAAACUGGUCAUAUCGUAUGCCCAGAUUACUACUGAAGAGGAAGGCCUGUGGGAUAUCGAUGUCAACUUGUACCUUUCCGAGGAUACUUCCGUUACUGCAAACUACACUCCAAGAACUUGCGGUGGUGAUCUUGUAAUCAGACUAGGAGAGUGGCUCAAGCGUACUGUCGUCGAUGGCCUGCUUGCAUACACAAAUGUUCUCUUCUCGGACCCCAGCACUGGAUGGAAAUACCGUGAAGCAGCUCUUUUCAUUCUUAAUCAGUUGCUCCGGGAUUUGAACGAUGUGGAUCAAACAAUUUCUGCCGACCUUGCAACCAGUUUUAACGAAUUUGUCAAGUUCUGUAUCCAGCGGGAUGAAGUCUUCCUCCGAUCUAGAGGCUAUCUUGUAGCAGGCGCUAUUGCUCAGACCGCCGGAGAGGGAUUCCAUCAGUCUGCUGUGCCUUACCUCGAAGCUGUUAUCCAGGCUAUCCGAAAUGACCCUUCGGAGGUGGUCAAGGUCUCUUGCGUUCGUGUCCUGCAGGACUUCCUGCCGGCUCUCCCUCAGGCUACGGCCGCCCCUUUCCAGGUGCCAGUGCUAUCAAUACUAGCAGACUUUAUCUCUAGCCAUGACCUACGUGAUUUCUCAGAAGGAGAUGACCUUAAAUUCACGCUGGCGGAUACCUUACGUGAUACCAUCAUGGUGGACGCUAACAUCGUCCUGACCUCCACCGCGCUUGACGUUCUUUUCAACAUUGCCAGUGCUGGUGCAGGAAACUUCCAAUUGGCGAUGAUUGUGACAGAAACCUUUGAGCAGAUCGUUGAGCACAUCGCUGGUCAGGGACCAGAUGCAUACAUCAGCCUCUGCGAGAAAGUGCUUCCCCCCUUGACCGGGGCUCUGGAUGUCGGGAACCUCACCCAGGAGAACUCGCUGACGAAUCUGGCAACCGACCUUCUACGAGCUCUCGCUCAGAAUGGCUUAAAGCCACUCCCGCAGGGCCUAGUCGCAACCGUAUUGCCGAAAUUGAACCGGCUAUUGCUCGGAUCUGGAGAUAGCGAACUCCUUCCGUCCGCAACCUUGGCUGUCAUACACAUGCUGGAACGUGACCCUGACCAAUUCCUUGCCUGGCAGGACCCGCAGACAGGCAAGGGUGCUGUUGAAACGGUUUUGAUUAUCAUUGAUCGCCUUCUUGGUGAAGCUGUGGAUGACAACGCUGCAUCUGAAGUAGGUGAGCUUGCUGCUGAAUUAGUUGAGAAGGCAGGCUCUGAGAAAUUGGGACCAUAUCUACCUCAACUGCUACGUGCUGUUGCCCAGCGACUUGCCACUGCUGAGAAGGCACAGUUGAUUCAAAGUCUCAUCCUUGUCUUUGCUCGUUUAUCCCUCGUCAAUACCAGUGAAGUAAUUGAUUUCCUCGCUCAACUCGACAUCAAUGGCCAAUCUGGCCUUCAAGUUGUCUUGGCCAAAUGGCUCGAAAAUUCGGUCACUUUUGCUGGAUAUGAUGAAAUCAGACAGAAUGUCAUUGCACUUUCUAAGCUCUACCAACUUGAUGAUCCCCGCAUUGCCGAAAUUCAAGUCAAAGGCGAGCUCAUCAUCCAGGACACUGGCAGGAUUAAGACCCGUUCUCAAUCUCGCAAAAACCCAGAUCGAUACACUGUUAUCUCAGCACCUUUGAAAAUCAUCAAAGUUCUGAUCGAAGAACUAUCUUCUGCUUCAGGCGGUCGAGAUAUUCGAGGAGCUGCAGGCUUGUCAGGAAGCCAGCUAGAUGAACUAGAGAGCGACGAUGAGAACGACGACUGGGAAGAUCUCCCAUCUAAUAACAACUUCCUAGACUUGGGCCUCGGUGUCACGAAACAGGAAUUGAUGGGUUUUGCUGCUGAAGACGAUGAUGGUGCCUUGGCCUCGAGACAGAGAGAUGAUGAGACACAGGCGUUCUUGACCCAGUUCUUCGCCGAGACUGCCUCUACCCCCAGAUUCCAGCAGAUUUUUGCUUCUCUUACCCCAACCGAGCAAGGCAGACUGCAGAGUUUGUCUUCCUGA